AUGGGUACAAGAUCACCAACCGCAGAAAGAAUAUCUCACCUCUCCCACCAACGCGGAACACUGUGCCAAAAACUCGCAGCGACAGAUAUCAAGUACCUCGACCUCGGACUGGAAUACCAUGCGCUACCCUUACAACUCCGAUCGAACAUCUCUUCAACCGAGCAGAAAGAUUGUCUGAAAGCUUUUACGAUUUCUUCAGAGCACGACCAUGAUCCGGACCUGAUAGGAUAUCUUGUCGACAUGCGAAAUUUGUGUCGAGUGGCGGAAAAUAAUCUCGAGAAUUUCGAUAUCGAAGAUGCGGAAGUGGCGUUGCAGACGAUGGGGGAAGUGUUAGAGGCUUUGGCUGAUCAGCUUGUUGCUUUGAAGAAGUGUGUGGAUGUGAUGCAUCGACGGUUUAGUGAAGCGUUGGAUGCUGGGGCGCAGUUUGAGGAUGGUGGGGAGUAUAAAUUGGCAUUGCGGCCUGAAGAUGGCGCGGAGAAGUUUCGAUUGUUGAGGGACUGGUUGCUCGAGCUGCCGCAAGUGCAAGGAUGGCUCAGAAGUGGCGCUGUGAUGAGUGAAGAUGAGGCGGUGAUGAUGGCAGUGAGCGCUGGCAGAGACGGUAGUGAGGUGGCAAGUCAAAUGAGCUUAGACUGGAGUGAAGACGAGAGAGUGCCGGCGCGCAGGCGAAAGAGCUGGCGGCGAGGUUCGGAGCGCGAGGUGGGAAUGAUCGAGCGGCGGUGA